AUGGCGUUAGUUGACAUAGCCCUCGAAGGGUAUAAUUAUUUCAUGACGCUCAGCACCCUCCAACAAAUUGGUUUGCUUGUGUUCACUCCAUUCAUUUACAACAUUGUUUGGCAACUACUUUACUCACUCAGAAGAGAUCGGGUUCCAGUGGUGUUUUAUUGGAUUCCUUGGUUUGGUUCAGCCGCAUCUUACGGACAAGAUCCAUACGGGUUUUUCGAACAGUGUCGUGAGAAAUAUGGUGAUUUAUUUGCAUUUGUAAUGUUGGGAAGAGUAAUGACGGUCUACUUGGGCCCCAAGGGUCAUGAAUUUGUGUUUAAUGCGAAAUUGUCUGAUGUUUCUGCUGAAGAAGCUUAUCAGCAUUUGACUACACCUGUAUUUGGAAAGGGUGUUAUUUAUGAUUGUCCAAAUGCUAAAUUGAUGGAACAAAAGAAAUUUGCCAAAUUUGCCUUGACUACUGAUUCCUUUAGAAGAUAUGUGCCUUUGAUUAGAGGCGAAAUUUUGGAUUAUUUUGCCAAGUCAGAUGUAUUCAACAUGAAGACAACAAAGACUGGUGUUGUUGAUGUAUUGAAAUCGCAGCCGGAAAUUACCAUUUUCACCGCAUCAAGGUCAUUAUUGGGAGAAUCAAUGAGGAAAAGAUUUGAUGCUUCGUUUGCUCAAUUAUAUGCUGACUUGGAUAAAGGUUUUACUCCAAUCAACUUUGUGUUUCCUCAUUUACCAUUGCCACAGUAUUGGAAACGUGAUGCUGCUCAACAAAAGAUUUCCGAGACUUAUAUGGUGGAGAUUGCUAGAAGAAGAGAAUCGGGCGACAUCGAUGAGAACCGUGAUUUGAUUGAUUCGUUAUUGGUGCAUUCAACUUAUAAAGAUGGAGUUAAAAUGACUGAUCAAGAAAUUGCUAAUUUGUUGAUUGGUGUCUUGAUGGGUGGUCAACAUACGAGUGCCACUACAUCUGCUUGGUUCUUGUUGCACUUGGCCGAGAAACCUGAAUUACAAGAACAAUUGUAUCAAGAAGUUGUCAAUGCAUUAUCAGGCAAAGGAGGUAAUUUGGAUGAUUUAUCGUAUGAAGAUUUACAACAAAUGCCAUUGGUCAACAAUACCAUUAAAGAAACAUUGAGGAUGCAUAUGCCAUUGCAUUCUAUUUUCAGAAAAGUGGUUUCCCCCUUGGUUGUCCCCAACACCAAGUAUGUCGUCCCCAAAGGUCAUCAUGUUUUGGUAUCUCCGGGUUAUGCCCAUACCAGUGACAGAUUUUAUAAAGAUGCUAAUGAUUAUAAUCCACAUCGAUGGGAUGAAUCAGCAUCAACUAACGAUGCAGGUGAAGUUGAUUAUGGAUUUGGUAAAGUUACAAAGGGAGUCAGUUCGUCUUAUUUGCCAUUUGGUGGUGGAAGACAUAGAUGUAUUGGAGAACAAUUUGCUUAUGUGCAAUUGGGUACGAUUUUGACAACAUUUGUAUACAACCUUAAAUGGAAGUUGAAGGAUGGUAAGGUACCACAUGUUGAUUAUACUUCAAUGGUUACAUUACCAGAAGGACCAGCUGAAAUUGUAUGGGAAAAGAGAGAAACUUGUGUUUUAUAG